AUGUCAAGAGUGGAGGCCUUCAGGAAAACAAACCUACGCUGUGCAUUGAAGGAGUUUCGCACUGACAUCUCCAUGGCAGUGGACGACCCCUUUCCAUUCGUCUACGGGUUGGUGGACAAAAGCAUCAUCACUGAGCACCAGUUCAAGGAGUGUUUGGAGAAGCAGGCUGGAGACGGCAUCCACAAGGCCGUGCAUUCCCUCGUGUCCUGGGUCCUGGAGCAGAGCAGAGCCACCGUGGAAAACUUCUGCAAAUAUUUGAACACAGACUACAAUCUGGACAGCUACCCAAGACUGCGCAAUCUGCUGACCGACCUGAAAAGCAUGCGCUGGUUCAACAAGAGACAUUUGUGGAGUGUGUCUGAAUGGAGGAGACCUGACUCUCUGCCUCCGAUGUCUAAAGUGCUACCAUACAAGCUGCCAUUUCUCCAAGUCCCACCUGCAGCUCAACCUGCACAAAGCCACAACCAAACCUCUGCUGAGUCUGACGCCAUUCUCCACACCACAGAACUGGAGUCUGUCAUGGCAGAAGUUCCAUUCGAUGGCAUCUUACAGUGGGCCUUGCACAGCAUCUCCAGACCGUACUCCAACUCCCAAGACUGCUUUCAGUGA